GCGCUGCUGGCGCGCCACGAGCAGCUGCUCCACUUAGCCAGGAAAGCCCUGGGACAGAAGCUCUUUGACAAACUAAUGAAGAUGACCUUCUACGGGCAGUUUGUGGCCGGCGAGGACCAGGAGUCCAUCCGGCCGCUGAUCCAGCACAACAAGGCCUUCGGCGUGGGCUCCAUCCUGGACUACGGGGUGGAGGAGGACCUGAGCUCUGAGGAGGCAGCACGCAAGGAGAUGGAGUCCUGCACCUCGGCUGUGGAGAGGGAGGGCAGUGGCACCAGCAAGAGGGAGAGGCAGUACCAGGCCCACCGGGCCUUCGGGGACCGCAGGGGCGGUGUCAUCAGCGCCCGCACCUACUUCUACGCCAACGAGGCCAAGUGCGACAGCCACAUGGAGACCUUCCUGCGCUGCAUCGAGGCCUCGGGUGGGGCCAGCGAUGACGGCUUCUCGGCCAUCAAGCUCACUGCACUGGGGAGACCCCAGUUUCUGCUGCAGUUCUCAGACGUGCUGACCAAGUGGAGAAGAUUCUUUCACCAGAUGGCCGCGGAGCAGGGGCAGGCGGGGCUGGCCGCCAUGGACGCGAAGCUGGAGGUGGCGGCGCUGCAGGAAAGCGUCGCCAAGAUGGGCAUCGCAUCCAGGGCAGAGAUCGAGAACUGGUUCACCACAGAGACCCUGGGGGUGUCUGGCACCGUGGACCUGCUAGACUGGAGCAGCCUCAUCGACAGCAGGACCCAGCUCUCCAAGCACCUGGUGGUCCCCAACGCCCAGACAGGCCAGCUGGAGCCCCUGCUGUCUCGGUUCACCGAGGAAGAGGAGAUGCAGAUGACGAGGAUGCUGCAGAGGAUGGACGUCCUGGCCCAGAAGGCCACGGAGGUGGGCGUGCGGCUGAUGGUGGACGCUGAGCAGACCUACUUCCAGCCGGCCAUCAGCCGCCUGACGCUGGAGAUGCAGCGCAAGUUCAACGUGGAGAAACCGCUCAUCUUCAACACCUACCAGUGCUACCUCAAGGAUGCCUAUGACAAUGUGACCCUGGACGUGGAGCUGGCUCGCCGCGAGGGCUGGUGUUUUGGAGCCAAGCUGGUGCGGGGGGCGUACAUGGCCCAGGAGCGUGCCCGGGCUGCAGAGAUCGGCUACGAGGACCCCAUCAACCCCACGUACGAGGCCACCAACGCCAUGUACCACAGGUGCCUCGAUUACGUGCUGGAGGAGCUGAAGCAGAAUGCCAAGGCCAAGGUGAUGGUGGCGUCCCACAACGAGGACACGGUGUGCUUCACGCUGCGCAGGAUGGAAGAACUGGGCCUGCAUCCUGCCGACCGCCAGGUCUACUUCGGACAGCUGCUGGGCAUGUGCGACCAGAUCAGCUUCCCGCUGGGCCAGGCGGGCUUCCCGGUGUACAAGUACGUGCCCUACGGCCCCGUGAUGGAGGUGCUGCCCUGCCUGUCCCGCCGUGCCAUGGAGAACAGCGGCAUCAUGAAGGGCGCCCAGCGGGAGCGGCAGUUGCUCUGG